GGUUGUUCUAGUCGCAGAGCAGAGGGAGGAGUUUGUGCAGAGCGUGUUGUUGUCUGUUGCUGCCGGGGACAAGCAGAGCUGCCAAGGUCGGUGAAAGUACUGCUCAGAGAGAGACUUUGGUUUAUAACCUCUGAAGAAGUACUCCCCCCAGACACGUACAGAGACAAAGAGAAAGCGGAUGAUAUAGACAGCAACCUGAGGACGUUCACCAGAGAAGAAGCCAAAUGGGGAAUCUGUUAAAAGUGCUAACUUGCACAGAGCUUGAACAGGGGCCAAACUUUUUCCUUGACUUUGAAAAUGCACAGCCGACAGAAGGAGAGCGCGAUGUGUGGAACCAGGUGAACUCAGUCCUCCAGGACUCUGAGAGCAUACUAUCCGGCCUGCAGGCGUACAAAGGAGCCGGCCAGGAGAUCAGAGAUGCGAUUCAAAACCCAAAUGACUUCAUGCUGCAGGAGCGAGCCUGGAACUCAGUGUGUCCGCUCGUCAUCAAACUCAAGAAGUUCUACUGUUUCUCUCUCAGACUAGAAAAGGCCCUGCAGAGUUUGUUGGAGUGCUUGACCUGUCCGCCCUUUACGCCCACUCAGCACCUGGAGAGGGAGCAGGCCCUGGCUAAACAGUUUGCUGAGAUCCUCCACUUCACUCUGCGCUUCGAUGAGCUCAAGAUGAGAAUCCCCGCCAUCCAGAAUGACUUCAGUUACUACAGAAGAACCAUCAGUCGAAACAGAAUAAACAACAUGAAUUUGGAUAUUGAAAGUGAAGUCAACAACGAGAUGGCCAACAGGAUGUCUCUGUUCUACGCUGAGGCCACACCCAUGCUGAAGACACUCAGCAACGCAACCACAAACUUCGUCACAGAGAACAAGACUCUUCCUCUGGAGAACACGACAGACUGUCUCAGCACCAUGGCCAGCGUCUGUAAAGUCAUGCUGGAGACACCGGAAUAUUCAAGUCGUUUCAGCAGCGAGGACACACUCCUGUUUUGCAUGAGGGUCAUGGUCGGAGUCAUCAUCCUUUACGACCACGUCCACCCCAACGGUGCUUUCAACAAGUCCUCCAAGAUAGAUAUGAAAGGAUGCAUAAAAGUCCUCAAGGACCAGCCGGCAGACAACGUGGAAGGCCUCCUAAAUGCCCUCAAAUUCACCACAAAACACCUGAACGACGAGUCCACUCCAAAGAACAUCCGGACGAUGCUCCAGUAAUGUUUCUUUUUGUUAUAAAUAGAUAUGAAGAGGAUCAAUGCUCUGACCUCAAAUAAGAUGUAAAUGUUUACAAUAUUUAAAAAGACUCGGUGUUAAUACUUGUGUGUAUUUGCAUAGUCAUUCCCUCCACGCGAUUAAAACCUGCAUCCUCUACUUUGUAAAGAAAACCACAAUCUGAACGCUUCACAUGAAUUGCCUCGACCGUUAGCAGCUGUCAAAGCACAAUGGAUACCCACCAGCCUUAUGUGAUGACACUUUGGAAGCAGCACUUGGAAAUAAAUGAACAAGGCAGCAUAAAAUGGCCUUAAUGAAUCUUUUCAAUCUUUUCUUUGACAAUGAAAGAAGUUAAUGAUCAGGUUUAUUCAAAAUCAAACUAUAAAUUAAUCUGAUUCUUAUAAAGUUAACAUUUUACUUUCAGAGGUUCUUGUUUGUAUUACAUAAUAUUUCAAGAGAAGAAGUUGUGUCUUUGUUUUCACUUAUUUAAGUUAAGCAGAAGAAAUCAAGCGAUGUUAAAAUGCACAUUCUGUUGCAGUGAAGGGCUAACUAUUGAGAGCAGAUAAGGGAUUGAUUGGUGUGUACGUUUUGCUCAAAGCAUUAGUGUUUUCUCUUUUUACACUCAGCUGUUGUAUUUUGUAUUUUUUUUUUCACACUCCAACCUUUUUACAACUGUUUCAAAAAACCCACUGUGAACAUUAAACUUGGAAGCACAUUGAGUAAGAUCCAGUAUGUCAGUGUUGCUGUGUGAUGACGGAACAUGAACCCAAUCAACCCACUCAGUGUUUUAUCAGACUGUUCUGUGGCCAUGCUCUGAAUGAUCGUUCAUGUUCACCAUGUUUUUAAUGGCUUUCUGUGGCUUUUGUAUUAAACAUCAAAAUGUUUUAUUCCAAACGAAGGGUAUGUGCUUCUUUGCAGAGCAAGGUUACAGAAAGAGGUGUGUUUUUAAAUGCCGCUCCCUAAGAUUUCCAAAGUCAUUUUACCCCUUUGUUCACAAAUAGGCUGAAGGAAUAACUCACCUCGUCUCACUGGUGUGACUAAGCUCUUUUUUUUUAUCUCAGUUUUGGGAUUGUUGGUGUGCUAAACCAUAAAUUUCAGUUCAUGUAUUCUGGUAAACUUUUAGUCCAUCAGAUUAUUUCACACCCUCAAAACGACUGUUUAAAAAUGCCUUAAAUGGGAAUCCUGAAGUGGCUUAUCAAUCAUCGAGCACUUAUGAGAAUCUAUUGUGUGCUGAUGACAUCCUCCUCUAUUGUUCUAACCUGACACUUCUUAAUGUUCAUGUAUGAUGUGCAGCAGCAGCUUCCACAGACUCAGACUGACUUGCUCAGAAGGUUGGACAAUCUCAUUUGUGACUGUUGUAAACUGCUUUAAGUCAAAUUUAAUUUCAGUACAGUGGUCUAAAAUCUAACAGCAGAUUCCUUCAGAUACUUUUUUAGCAUCUGACUUUUACAACCUACCCACUCUACACAACCAUCACCUCUGUGAUCUGAGAACAUGGGAGUGUCCGUGGCCUACCAUGGAGCACAUUGCCUUAAAGACCUGUGAGACAUGUUAAGACAUUAUUAAUAUUCUUCACUCACAACAGGAAGUACUUUUAUUUCACCCAGAAGUCAAACAGGACAUUUACAGAUCCACUCUCAUGAAUACAUUAACAGUCAUUUGGUUGACAUUGAAGUAACAUGUAAGGUAUUCACUCUUCUUUAAGUUUGUUUCUUCCCUCUUGUAUUUAGUAAUAUAUUCAUGUGUGUGAGCCAUACUUUGAAUGCAAUGUUUUAUAUGCAAUAAGUGAAAACUGUACAUGGGCGGGACUCGGAGCGAGGUGUAUGCAUGAUAUUGAUAUUUCCUAUCUGACUGAAGUUGCUUUAAAGGAGAGAGACAAAUCUUCUGUCAGGAUUGAUGUACACGACGCUUCCCUCUGUGCCACAGAUAUGCUACUGUGUGUUGUAUGCAAGAUGUUGUUUUGAAUCCUGAGAGCUGUCUGAAACUGACAGCUGUGUUUAAUAUUUUUGGAGUCCAGACUCAUGUUUAUAUAAGAUGCUUUGGCUUUGUAUUGCAAAUUGAAUGGUAUGUGUGGAUUGGAUAAUAAAGGUGGUACAUUUCUUAUAAA